AUGUAUGCAAGGUACAUCGAUGACGUAUUCAUUAUUUGGAAUGAUAAACCAGACAUAUGCCAAUUUAUUAGAGAUAUAAACAGUAAUACUUAUGGCCUAGAAUUAGAACUAGAGCAGCAAAAUCAUAAAAGGGUACAUUUCUUAGAUAUAGAAGUUGAAAUAGAUGAAGAAGGGCAAAUCGCUACGAAAGUAUAUGGAAAGCCGACGUACAUUCCAGAUUUGAUACCAUGGUCCUCUCAUGACCCAAUAAGACACAAACUAGCAGUGUUUAGAGCACUGAUUAAAAGAGCAUACACUCAUUGUAGCAAGGCUCAUGACACAUGUAAAGAGCUUGAAUACAUCGCAAUGCUAGCAAGAGAUGUAGGGCUUAAGCAAAGUAAAGUAAAAGCUUUAAUACAAGAAGCAGAAAAAGGAGGCAAUAAAACUAAAGAUAAAAAAGAAAAAGGAGUUCACCAUAAUGGAAUACAGGGCACCGUUAAGUAA